AGGGUCGUCCUCACCUCACGCCAGCAUCAGAGGGUCGGCCUCACCUCAUGCCAGCAUCAGAGGGUCGGCCUCACCUCAUGCCAGCAUCAGAGGGUCGGCCUCACCUCAUGCCAGCAUCAGAGGGUCGUCCUCACCUCAUGCCAGCAUCAGAGGGUCGUCCUCACCUCAUGCCAGCAUCAGAGGGUCGUCCUCACCUCAUGCCAGCAUCAGAGGGUCGUCCUCACCUCAUGCCAGCAUCAGAGGGUCGUCCUCACCUCAUGCCAGCAUCAGAGGGUCGUCCUCACCUCAUGCCAGCAUCAGAGGGUCGUCCUCACCUCAUGCCAGCAUCAGAGGGUCGGCCUCACCUCAUGCCAGCAUCAGAGGGUCGUCCUCACCUCAUGCCAGCAUCAGAGGGUCGUCCUCACCUCAUGCCAGCAUCAGAGGGUCGUCCUCACCUCAUGCCAGCAUCAGAGGGUCGUCCUCACCUCAUGCCAGCAUCAGAGGGUCGUCCUCACCUCAUGCCAGCAUCAGAGGGUCGUCCUCACCUCAUGCCAGCAUCAGAGGGUCGUCCUCACCUCAUGCCAGCAUCAGAGGGUCGUCCUCACCUCAUGCCAGCAUCAGAGGGUCGUCCUCACCUCAUGCCAGCAUCAGAGGGUCGUCCUCACCUCAUGCCAGCAUCAGAGGGUCAAGCACACACCCCGUCAGCUCUCCACGGGGCGUGCAGGCGGCUCAGCCCUAGAUGGCGCUGCCUGCUUGAGGGGGUUAAGGGAACGCUAGCAGUAGGAGCAGCAGGCUGUGAGGCAGUGAAGGGGGUUAAGGGAGCGCAAGCAGUAGGAGAAGCAGGCGGUGAGGCAGUGAAGGGGGCGGGUGGGACAGCAGUAGGAGAAACAGGCGGUGAGGCAGUGAAGGGGGCGGGGGCGACAGCAGUAGGAACAGCAGGUGGCGCUGGCCUUCCAGCUCCUCUUUACGCUGCAAGUGGCAGUGAAAGGCCUUCUUACUUCUCGCUCCUGGAAUCGCGGGAGCAAAGGGAAGAGAGGAGUGGGUCAGGGGCAGCCCUUGGGCUCGUGUUGGUGCACCAAACGGUGACUCUAUUGAAGGGAGAGCUCGCCUUUGACUCACAGCCCGGGUGUGGCAGCACAGUUGCUUUCUCUGUGCCUGUAGCCGUGCCCUCGUUACAAGAACACUGUGCAAAAGAGCCGAAGUCAAGCAAUCAGGAACCACAGCAGCAUGAGCAGCAGCAGCAGCAGCAGCAGAAGCAGCAGCAUCAGGGGAAGGCCAUAUGGCAUGGCGUAGGUGCAGCUGGUGCUGGUGCUUCUGCUGCUGGUGGUGCGGCGGAUGAGGCGGUGACGCGGGCGUGGGUGGGCGGGCUGCGAGUGCUGGUGGUGGACGACACGCCCGUCAACCUCCUCGUGGCCCGCCGCUCCCUCGCCCGCUGGGGUGCCCGAGUCACCACUGCUUCCCAUGGCCAGCAGGCCGUUGACCUCAUCGCUGCUGGCUUGCAGGAGAGCUCCCUCGCCCGCUGGGGCGCCCGGGUCACCACUGCCGCCCACGGGGAGGAGGCGAUUGAGUUGAUCACUGCUGACCUCAUCUCCACCGCUGCCCACAAGGAGGAGGAGAGAGGGGAGGAAACACUUGGGGAGGAGGGGAGAGGGCUGCAGGAGGCGAGAGGGCAGCAGGAGGCGAGGAGGCAGGAGGAGGCGAGAGGGGAGGAGGAGGCAAAAGGGCAGGAGGAGACGGGUGCAUCAUUGCAGCAUGGCUUCGACUUGCCUAAUCCCCCUCCCCUUAUUGUCCCUUGUGCUCCUCUCUUCCUCCUGUUCCUCCCUUCCAUUCCGUUCCUGCUUCCUCCAUUCGGUUCCUGCUGCCUCCUUGCCGUGGCAGCUUCAACGCAGCAGCCAUAUGAUCCCUUGAGAGGAGGGUGGGGCAUUGAACCUAAUCCUCCUCCCUUGAUGUCUCUCCUGUUCCUCCCCUCCUUGCCUUCCCUCCUUGCCUUCCCUCCUUGCCUUCCCUCCUUGCCUUCCCUCCUUGCCUUCCCUCCUUGCCUUCCCUCCUUGCCUUCCCUCCUUGCCUUCCCUCCUUGCCUUCCCUCCUUGCCUUCCCUCCUUGCCUUCCCUCCUUGCCUUCCCUCCUUGCCUUCCCUCCUUGCCUUCCCUCCUUGCCUUCCCUCCUUGCCUUCCCUCCUUGCCUUCCCUCCUUGCCUUCCCUCCUUGCCUUCCCUCCUUGCCUUCCCUCCUUGCCGUGGCAGCUUCGCAGCAGCAGAAGCCAUACGAUCCCUUGAAAGGAGGGUCAAGUAUGAAGCCAUUUCACGGGCACAGCAAUUACAGCAGCCGAGGCAUCAUCAAACCCCUUCUGCUCUGCCCGUCCCUCUCCUAGAAGCUUCAAAUCCUGCUGCUGCCACUGUUGGCUGGCCCAUGACUCUGCGGGUGCCCAUAGUGCCAUCUGCAACUGCUCCUGCUGCUGCUGCUGCUGCUGCUGCUGCUGCUGCUGCUGCUGCUGCUGCUGGGUGGCCCGUGUCUCUGCGGGUGCCCAUAGUGGCUCUGACGGCAGACGUGGAUCGCGGAGUGGUGCAGAGGUGUGCAGAGGGGGGGUUUGACGCUGUGCUGCAGAAGCCAGUGGAUGCCCACCUGCUAGCCGCCCACCUCUCCCACAUGCACACCCAGAGGUCCUUCCCGCGGGCCGUGUCACACCCCACUGUCAGUCGAACCAUAAACAGGCACGACAGGUGCAGCAGUCAAUAA